CGCACACGCAAGAUCGUACACGCGCACCCGAUUUCAUUCUUUAUUGGUCGUUCAUUUUCGAUAACAUGCGAUGAAAUAGAUAUGUGCAACCGUGUAUAAAUGCUUCUAUUUGGACUAGAAAAUCUCCGCGGAAAGGAACAUUAUCACGUUUUCUUCAAGACAUAAAACCUUUGUGGAUAACAACUUCUUUACUCCUUGUAACGAAGUUUCCAUAACAUGUUUCAUGUUCGUCCUACUUCUACAUCUUUUCUUCACAAAAACAUUAAGAAGGAACUUGAUUUUGAGAUGGAAAUACUGUCUUCUUAACAGCGUCAUUUUGUUAAUUAAACUGUACAUAGGGUGAAACAUGUUUUGCUAGGGCCAUGGGGAGGAGGAGUAUCUUCAAGCCGCACCCAUCGUCCACAGAGAUAUGUGAGUUUACAUUCAUCUGGGUCAAGCUUGAAAAUUAGUACUGGCAAUUUAAUGGACUGUCGUAUCUCAGAGUGAACUUAACUUUCACAUGGAAGCUAAAGCUAUAAUGAUCAACCAAUAGAACUGUUAAAUGGUACAUUGUUGAUAUUGACUCGUGCAGGACACAUGUACAGGUUGUACAUGUUGUAACUGUGUCAAAUGUAAUUAAGGUACUGUGCUCCGCUUCCAAGAUAUGUAAACGUAGUUUUCAUCUGUACUGACGCAAACCAUUUUAAUCAUUUGAGUCAAAACAGUGACAUGUGAUAUCUGAUGACGUCUAAACUGCCUUUCGGUUAGUUAGUGUGAGACAGGGUGUCAUGAGAUAGAAAAUGUGCAACUUGUCUGGAACUUGACAACACAAUAAAUGGGUUUUCUGUGUAUUUUCAGGUUCGAGAAGGAGACUGAGACUAAGGACACCGUAUCUGUAAACACUACACAAACAAAGACCAGUACAGAAACGGAGAAAGAACGGGUGUUAGAUCUGAAGAAGAUGUUCAGGCCAAGUUUUGAUCAGUAUGAGCGUUUACAGUUUCGGAAGUGUCCAUGCGAGGGGACUGGCAACCACCCCUUGGUCCCCUCCCGAUCAGGCCACACACAGACAAGCCAUGAAGACCUUUUUUCGAGGUCGUCCAAGUCGGCCUCAGAGGCACGAACAACAAUGGCAGAUACAUUCCCUCAGUGCCAAAAGUCAGUAUUGGCCAGUCAUCACCAGUCUAAGCUGCCCAGGGAAUGGAAGCCAUCGAAGCAUCCUGGUUCACAGUGCACUUCGAUGGCCUUCACUGCCAUUUUGACAUCAGGGUUUCUUCCCGUGGGAUUGUGGACCCAAACCAUCAUGGACAGGAUUCUCUUCCUCGGAGACAAGCUCCACGCCUGUCUGUUGGCCGAGAUGGGCAGAUGGGCACCCUGCAAUGGCCACCUAGCUGCGGAUGAGAUGCCGUCUCAGCCAAAGGACACGCAUGGCAUUUGGGGGGUCAAGUGUAAGAGAAACCUUGAGUACCAGGGUUUCAUUCACCCUGACCUGACCUGUCUGUCCUCCCUCAGACGCCAGCUGACGGAAUGCGGUAUACCCGACCAGCGUCUGAGGGAUUUAGAUGACGCCAUCAGCAGCUGUUUUAGUGCCGGAUCUGCUGGCUGCUUGCUGACAUCCUGUGGUGUCAGUUCAGCCAUUUUCAAGAACCCCGAAGGUGGUGUCGUGGUCUUCGACUCCCACGCCAAGGACGUCACAGGCCGCACAUGUUCCGAGGGAAAGUCGUCUCUGUUGACAUUCAUCUCCCUGGAUGGUGUGGUGGCCUACUACAGGAGUCAGCUGGGAGGGGGGACCAGAUACUGCCUUACGGGGUUCCUGGUCCAGCCAAACUAGACAAGGGCAGCAGCUGGUCAGAGCUCCUCCAGACACUGACUGACGCCCUGAGUAACAGAGCACCGCUACCUCCUGCUGGGCAGUGAAAUAGAUGAGGCUAUAUCAUUACCUGCUGUUUUACAGAUACUAAUCGCAGCAUUAUGUCAAAUGCCUUUGAAGACAGAAAAAUGAGUUCAUCAGAGUGCUUGAACAGUCUUUGCUCCCUUACAAAAGCAAAGGGAAGCUCAGCACCAUUAUAUGGCAUAAAUGUCUCAGAGGAGAACGAAUGCCAGUCAAACUGGCUAAAUAGUAAAUAGAAAUGGCUUUAAUACACUUACUGCACCAGCGAAUGACCGUUGAGCAUGGAACUAGGAACGUUUAUUGAACAAGUGUCUAGAUGGGAUAAAUGAAGACUAUUGACAAGCUUUUAUUAAACACGUACUUUUUAUUGUUAUUUUACACUUCCGUGUUUUAACAUCUAACAUCCUCAGUGAAGUGGAAUAUAAAUGAUUUUACAAGCAAAUGACAAUUUGGUUUUUUUGUUCCAAGAUUCAAAUUAAUAAAGUUAUGAAUUAUUAUCCAUAUG